AUGGCCACUAAAGCAGCAUUCAAAAGAUUAACAAAGGAAUAUAUAUCUAUACAAAAUAAUCCAGUGCCAUAUUUAAUAGCUAAACCCUUAGAAAACAAUAUUUUGGAAUGGCAUUAUGUUAUUCGUGGUCCACAAGAUACACCUUAUCAUAAUGGAGAAUAUCAUGGCGUUUUACAAUUUCCAGUUGAAUAUCCUUUUAAGCCGCCUUCAAUUCGCAUGACAACGCCUUCUGGACGAUUUCAAACUGAUACAAGGCUGUGUUUGUCAAUGUCAGAUUUUCAUCCAAGUUCUUGGAAUCCUAGUUGGGGUGUUGCAACCAUAUUAAAUGGAUUAUUAAGCUUUAUGACUAGUGAUGAAACCACAACAGGUAGUAUUAAAACAUCAGACAUUGAUAAAAAAACAUAUGCUUCAAGUAAACUAUUAAGUCAAAAUCUUGGAUCAGAAAAUGAAAAUAAUAUAAAUCAAUCAAAUAGCAACAACAACAACAAUAAUAAUGUACAAAGGAGUUUAUUUGAUAAAUGGAGAAAUUGGAUAAUAGUAACUUUGGUAUGUUUGUACCUAGUGUUAUCUAAAAUAUUGGCUAGGAAAUAUGAGGCUAUUACUUCUAGUGAUCAUGGAGAAAUGUUUCAUCCCUAA